AUGAAGGCACUCAUCCUGGCCCUGGUGCUCACCCUCGUGGGGGCCCAGAAGCAGGACCUUGGGCCCAUUUUUCAUACUGGCAAGACUUACCUGUAUAGCUAUGAGAGCUUCAUCCUGCACGGGCUGCCCAACAGAGGUAUGGCAAUGGCUGGAGUGAAGCUGACCUGCAGGGUGGAGAUCAGCCAUGUGUCUCACAGAGACCACCUUCUCCAGAUUCAGUCACCGAAGCUGGAGGAAUACAAUGGCUUCUGGCCCACAGACUCCUUCACCCCGUCUUCAAGGCUCUCAGAGAUCCUUGCUACAUGCUUCAGCCAAGCCUUUAAGUUUGAAUACACUGAAGGAAGGGUUGGAAGUAUUUUUGCUCCUGAGGACUGUCCCAUCCUGUGCACUAACCUAGUGAGAGGGAUUCUGAACAUGGUGCAGAUAACCAUCAAAAAGUCACAAAAUGCGUAUGAACUACAGGAGGCUGGGAUUGAAGGCAUCUGCCAAACCAGAUACAUUAUCCAGGAUGACAGCAAGAAUAACCGUGCCAUCAUUUACAAAAGCAAGGACCUGACAGACUGCCAGGAGAAAGCAGUGAAGAACACGGGAAUGUCAUACAUCCGCCCCUGCCCCACCUGCCCCCUGAAAAUCAGAAACAUGAAGGGCACGGUGAUGUUCACCUACAUGAUGAAGUAUGAUGACAAUGAGACAUCGUUGACAUCUGCUGCAUCUCAGCAGGUGUACCAGAUCUCUCCCUUCAAUGAACGCAAUGGGGCAACAGCUAUGGAGGCAAGACAAGAACUGUCUUUGGUCAGCAUUAAAAGGACUUCUCUCAGUGCACCAAAAAUUCAGCUGCAAAACCAGGGGAGUCUUCGUUAUCAUUUCUCAGAAGAGCUACUCCAGAUGCCAAUUCCUCUAAUAAGGAUUAAAAAUCCAGAUUUACAGUUAACAGAAACACUGCGACAAUUAGUUCAGAAUAAUGAGGAAGGAGCAACUACAGAAGCUUCAGCCAAAUUCUUACAAAUGAUCCAGCUUUUUCGUAUAGUGACCUUUAAUCAAAUUGAGUCUUUGUGGAUGCUGUUUGGCAGCAACCCUUCCUACAGGCACUGGUUCCUGAGCGCCAUCUGUGCUGCUGGAACUACUGACACAUUCAGAUUCCUGAAGCAAAAAAUUCACGAUGAGAAGCUGAACAUCUGGGAAGCAGCUGUUACACUCCCUCUUGCCUUCCAUUUUGUUUCAAUCAACAAGCAAACCCUAGAAAUUGCCUCAACUUUUCUGACCUGUCCCCAAAUCCAGAAACUGCCAAUGCAUCGAGUAAUUGUUUACCUGGGAUAUGGUAGCAUGGUAAAUAAAUACUGUGCUCAAACAUCAGUUUGUCCAGAUGAACUUCUUCGGCCACUCCACGACCUUGCUACAGAAGCCACCAGCAAAGGUGAUGCCAAAGACAUGGCAUUGGCCCUGAAAGCCACCGGCAAUGCAGGAGAGCCGGCCAGUAUCAAACACAUCCUGAAGUUUUUGCCAACAUUCUCCCAGGCUGCAGCUUCAUUACCAAACAGAAUUCAUGCUGAUGCCGUAUUGGCCUUGAGGAAAAUUGCCAGAAAAGCUCCUGCAAAAGUAAGGGAGAUCACUCUCCAGGUCUUUAUGGACAACGCACUUGCUCCUAAUGUCCGAAUGGUGGCUUGUAUUGUCCUCUUUGAAACUAAGCCUGCUCUUCCAACUGUAACAGCAAUGGCCAGCUCGCUGCUGACGGAGACCAGUUUACAAGUAGCCAGUUUCACAUAUUCGCACAUGAAGGCUUUGGCAGCAGGAAGGAUCCCACAGCUCUAUAGUCUAUCUGCUUCUUGCAACAUUGCCAUCAAACUACUGAGUCCCAGACUUGACAGGCUGAGCUAUCGCUACAGCAAGGUCAUUCAUGUUGGUGAUUAUUCCUCUAAAUACCAGGCUGGUGCGAUUUGGAGGAUCUAUCUCAUGAACAGUCCCAACAGCAUAUUUCCAUCUGAUAUAAUCACAAAAGUAAGAGCAUAUUAUGCAAAUACUGCAACAGAUAUUAUUGAGGUGGCUCUCCGGUCACAAAGCCUAACCAAGUUUAUCAACAAUCAGAAUAUUCCUUUUGCUGAGUAUGAUACACACAAGACCCUGAAGGAACUUGGUAAAACACUUCUGGGAUGGAAAGAACUGCCGCCUGAGAACCCUCUGGUGUCUGCUUACAUCAAAAUACUGGGGCAAGAGAUUGCAUUUGUUGACAUCGAUAAAAAUGCCAUUGAGCAGACCAUGACGAGUCUAACUGGAUCAUCAAACUGGCAGAUGGUGGUGAAAAAAGUGGUGGAAGAGGUCCAGCGAGGCAUUUCAGCCCAAUGGACCCUGCCGGUGAUGGUAGGCGAGCUGCGGCACAUUGUCCCCACGGUGGUCGGCGUCCCACUGGAGCUCAGUCUGUGUGGUGCCACCUUGGCCCAGGCUGUGGCCGAUGUGGAUAUACAUAUAUCACCACAAUUAUCUGACGACUUCAGACCUUCACAGCUGUUGGAAACCAACAUAGAUAUUCAUGCUGACAUCAAGCCAAAGGCAUAUUUUCAUAUGAUUGCAAUGAUGGGGAUUAAUACACAAUACUUUCAGAGUGGUCUUGAAUUUCAUGCAGAGUUCAGUGCCAACACUACAAUGAAAUUUGAUGCCAGGAUCAAUAUGAAAGAGAAUAAUCUGAAGAUUGAAACCCUUCCCUGCCGUCAGAAGGUUGAGCUCGCAGCUGUGAGGAGUGAAGUUUAUGCUAUUUCAAGGAACAUGGAAGAAGAUUCUGAAAAGAAAUCCCAGAUUCUUCCUGAAGGAGAACUACCAAGUAUCUCCAACCAGCCAUUUCAGCCACCAGAAAGGUCUCCAAGACCUAGCAGCUGGAAGCAAAGCAAUAUUCCUAAUGUGAUAUCCAAAGGCUAUCCAAAGGAAGAAGCACAUCAUCCCAGCGUAGGAGGAAGAUUUUACACACACACCCUCUGUAGAAAACUUGAGAGUUUGGGAUGUUCUGCUUGUCUCAGCCUAAAGUCACAAAAUUCUGCUUUCCAACGAACUAGCCAUCUGCACAAACUGCUUGGAGACUUUGAAGCCAAAAUAAUUUUGAAGCCAGUUCACACAGAUGCUGAUAUCGAAAAAAUUCAGCUGGAGAUUCAGGCAGGAUCCAAAGCAGCUUCCAAAAUAAUUGAUGUAGCAAGCUCAGGGUCUAAGGAAGAGGAUGAGACAACCCCGUACAAGGAUAUUCAGGCUAAACUAAAGAAGAUUCUAGGCACUGAAAAUGUGUUCAAGGUCUCAAAUAAAACACGGCGCCAUAGGAAACGUGUUCACAGAACUGAAGAGGCUGCAAAUAGAAACCUCUGGGCAGACCCCAGUGCACCGCCCCUCUCCAGUUCAUCCUCUUCGUCCACUGAUUCCUCUGCUGAUGGUAAAGAGCCUGGAAAUGAACACAGGAAAGAUGAAACAAGGCAAUCUGGGAAGAAGCGUGGCAGCAGCAGCAAAAGCAGCAGCAGAAGCAGCAGUGGCAGGUCUGCUAGCAGUAAAAGCUGUAGCAGCAGCAGAGAAGGCAGCUCUGGAGACAGGCACUGCAGUGGGGACAGUAAAUAUUCCAACCAGCAGGCAAGUCUACCUAUUUACCAGUUUUGGUUCAAACCAGCAGAUGACCAGGAGCCAGGAAGGGAAGCCCUGAACAACAGCACGGGCUCCUCUUCUUCUUCAGCUAGUGAUGAAAGCAUCUUUAGAGCUCAGGUGAGUCCUAAAUUCUUGGGAGACAGUAAACCACCAAUACUGGCUGCAGUCCUUCGUGCCAUCCACAGAAAAAAGCAGCCAACAGGAUUACAGCUUGUACUGUACACUGACACACAACGCAGGAGAUGGAGGGUACAGAUGUUCAUUUCAAGCAUCACAGUAUCAAACAGAUGGAAAGUCUGUGCUGACGCUUCAGUAAUAAAUGCCCAUAAAGUAUUUGGUUUUCUUAAAUGGGGUAAAGAUUGCCAGGAGUACUGGAUUACUACUCAUAUUGCAACAGGACUAUUUGCUACUUAUCCAGCUAUGCAGAUGAAGCUGGAGUGGCCUAAAGUACCUUCAACAGUUCGAACAACAGCAAGAUGGUUCUACUCAUUUCUUCCAGAAGCUGCAUAUGUGCUUGGGUACUCCCAAAGGCAACAGUAUGGUCCCUCUCACCAGGCAACCUUAGUUAUGGCUCUGACAUCUCCUAGAACCUCCAGUGUGAUCCUCAGGCUACCUGAGCUCACAAUCUAUGACAGCGCCAUCAGGCUUCCCCUGCCAUUCCCUUCAAGUCCAGGUACACCGAUUGCAACAGUACCAUCCCCUGACCAGAAUGUCUUUAUCCAAGCAACACUUCUAAUCACUGAAAAGCUUAAAGCUCGUUGUUCAGUUUUCCAAAAUGUGAUCACAACCUUCAAUGGCAUUAAAUUCAACUAUUCAAUGCCUGCAAAUUGCUACCAUGUCUUGGCGCAGGACUGUAGUCCAGAACUGAAAUUCCUGGUCAUGAUGAAAAGACUUGAAGAGUCUGCUGACUUUACAGCAAUAAAUGUCAGGCUUGCCAGCCAUGAGAUUGACAUGUAUGUUUCCAAUGGACUCAUUCAGCUGAAGAUUAAUGGUGUUCAAGCCCCAACAAACGUUCCAUACACAUCUAAUUCCGAUGCAAACAUGCUGAUUAGCAGUGAAAACGAAGGCCUGUCACUAACAGCUCCGGAUUAUGGCAUAGAUAAAAUAUAUUAUGAUGGCCAUAGACUUGAGAUUCAGGUUGCUUUCUGGAUGGCUGGAAAAACAUGCGGUAUCUGUGGAAAAUAUGAUGCUGAGAAGGAAAGGGAAUAUCAAAUGCCCAGUGGAUAUUUAGCUAAAGAUGCAGUGAGUUUUGGUCAGUCCUGGAUUAUCUCAGAAGACCCUUGUGCUGGAGCUUGCAAGCUGCAGCGCAGAUUUGUCAAAAUUGACAAGCCCAUUGCAUAUGAGAAGGCGGCAGCAAAAUGCUUCUCCGUGGAGCCUGUUCUACGCUGCGUAGAAGGCUGUUCAGCAACCAGGACUGUUCCCGUCUCCGUGGGCUUCCACUGUGUGCCAGCUGGCUCCGCUGUCAGCCUGGAAGGGCAGAAGAGGCUAGACGAGAAACCCGAGGACGCCGUGAGCACGGUUUCUGCUCACACAGCGUGUUCCUGCCAGCAGCAGUCCUGCCCGGCGUGAGGCCCCGCUCCACUGGUUCCUCUCGCUACUGGGUGUCGGUGUGAGCCCGCACCGCCUGUGGCCCUGCGGCACGGCUGGUUUGGGCAGCGAGGACAAGCUGUCCUCUUCAGGAGACCGCUCUUCUCUAGUUCUUCUAGAGAUCGUGACAGUAAACCUGGACACCCUUCGCCGGGCUUGAUCCUUUAAUAAAACGUUGG